AGUGGCUGUCGCCGUUUCUCCCAGGCGCGGAGUUUGCCCUUGCCUGCUGUCACAUGGGGAGGGGGUGUGUUAGCAGCUCAGAGACGCGGAGGGGAGCAGCCGGAGCAAGGCUGCAGCAGCAGCAGCAGCAAGCAGAAGCCGGCAGCAGCAGCCGCCGCCUGAGCAAAAAGGCAGGGAGCUGUCCUCUCUCCUGGCUGCCUCCGGCACUUGUUAUUCCCAGCCUGAACUUUUAUGGGUGUGCUGGAAAGGAGGGUGAGGAAGGAGGUUUCUUUCUAGCGGAGCAGAAGGGCUGCAGAGCACCUGAUUGCGAACGAUGAGGCCGGUCGAAGCUGGGCAAGGCAUGAUAAAAGCGGCCAGGGAGCAAAGGAGUGCCCGGCACCGGCUGUGGUCACUGUGACUUGGCUCAGCCACAGGCGCGCCUGCCUGCUGGGAAGAGGACUCGCUGCGCCCAGGAAGAAGCCACCCUCCCCGGGACCCUGGCUGGGUUUGCUGGUGAGACGGGCGGCGUGAGAGGAGCAUGGAGCCCCGGGAACCUGCCCCCGGGGGCAGAAGGGGGUGCCGGAGGAGGGCGCGGGAGUGGCUGAUCCCCCUCUGGCUCUGCGUGUGCGCCGCGGGGAGCUGCAGGGGGCAGGUGUAUAAGCUCAGCCUGGCGGUGGACGAAGGGCUGCCGGCGGACACGCUGGUGGGGGACAUCAGCGCAGGGCUGCCCCCCGGCGAAGGGCACCCCGGCGGCUUCUUCCUCUCGGAAGGCAGCGGCGAGUCGGCCGUGUUAGCGGAUUUCCACGUGCACACGGACACGGGCAUCAUCCGCACGGCGCGGCUGCUGGACCGAGAGCGCCGGGCGCGCUACAGCUUCGUGGCGGCCACGCUGCGAGGGGAGAUGGUGCAGGUGGAGAUCACGGUCAGCGACGUGAACGACCACGCGCCUCGCUUCCCGCGGGACUGGGUGCGCCUCAACAUCUCCGAGCUGAGCCCGCCCGGCAGCGCUUUCCGCUUGCCGGCUGCGCGCGAUCCCGACGCCGACAGCUUCGGCACGCAGGGCUACUCGCUGCUGGAUCAGGACCAGGACCGGGAGAAAGGUCCGCUUUUCCAGCUGCGCUACGGGACCCCGCCGGAUGCCCUGGACCUGGUGCUGCUGCGCCGCCUGGACCGGGAGCGGGCGGAGGCGCACCGCCUGCUGGUCGAGGCUUGGGACGGCGGAAGCCCCCGUCGGAGCGGCCGGCUGCGCGUGGAGAUCCAGGUGGUGGACGAGAACGACAACGCGCCCGCCUUCGGGCAGAGCGAGUACCGCGCGCGCGUGCGGGAGGACGCGCCCGUGGGCAGCUCCGUGUGCCGCGUCUGGGCCAGCGACCCGGACCUGGGCGCCAACGGCGAGGUGCGCUACAGCCUGGCCCGCCGCCAGGGCGACCCCUCGGCCGCCUCCUUCUUCGAGGUGGACGAGCGCAGCGGGCUGCUCCGCCUGCUGCGGCCUCUGGACCGCGAGGCCCGCGCCCUCCACCGCCUGGCCGUGGAAGCCCGCGACGGCGGCGCCCAGCCCGAGCUGGCCACGGCCCUGGUGGCCGUCGAGGUGCUGGACGUGAACGACAACGCGCCCACCAUCCACCUGCUCUACCUCAGCGAGGGCGGCGCCCGCGUGUCGGAGGGGGCGCAGCCGGGAGACUACGUGGCCCGCGUGUCCGUCUCGGACCCGGACGAGCCGGGCGAGCGGGCGCCUGCGGGCGGCGUGGCGCUGAGCCUGCAGGGCGGCGGCGGCGCCUUCUCGCUGCGGCCUUCGGGCGGCGGCGACGGCGGCGUCUACUUCCUGUGCGUCGAGGGGCCCCUGGACCGCGAGAGGCGCGACGCCUACGAGCUCCGCCUGGUGGCCGUCGACUCGGGCGCGCCGCCCCUCUCCUCGCAGCGGGCGCUGCUCCUCCGCGUGGCCGACCUCAACGACCAGGCGCCCGCCUUCGCGCAGCCGCGCUACCGGGCCGCCGUCUCCGAGGCCGCCUCGCCGGGCACCGUGGUGCUGCGCCUCAGCGCCGCCGACGCCGACGAGCCGGGCUCGCGCAACGCCCAGGUGCGCUACGCGCUGGGCCCCGACCAGGCGCCCGCCGGCGCGCUCUUCCAGCUCGACCCGCUCAGCGGCGCCCUCAGCGUCCGGGCGCCUCUGGACCACGAGCGCCAAGCGGCGCUGGAGCUGCUGGUGCUGGCCAGGGACCUGGGCGAGCCGCCCCUCUCCGCCUCGUGCGUCGUCAGCGUCGCCGUGGAGGAUGCCAACGACAACGAGCCCGUCUUCCAGCACCAGGUCUACAACGCCAGCCUGGCCGAGCACGCCCCGGCCGGCCACUGCCUCCUGCAGGUCAAGGCUACAGACAGAGAUUCAGGGAAUUUUGGGCAUAUUGAGUAUUUUCUAUAUGAUGGAUUCCAUAACUAUGAAAAAUCAAAAGCGUUCCAGAUUGACCCGAGCAGCGGCCACAUAUGUGUCUCACAGGAUAUUGACAGGGAAGAAGACCCAUCCACAUAUGAUCUCCUGGUGAAAGCGGUAGAUGGGGGUGGCCUGAGUGCUCAAGCUUUCGUCCGCAUAGAGAUAGAAGACAUUAAUGACAAUCACCCUGUCUUCGACCCAGCGGCUUACACGACAAGCAUCAGCAGUCAUACGCAGCCAGGAACAGAAAUAAUCAGUGUCGUUGCUACGGACAAGGAUUCUGGAAUAUAUGGAGUUGUGACUUACGAAUUGCUGCCGGGCGACUUCUCUUCCCUGUUCACAGUGGAUACAUCUACAGGAAUCGUCUACCUGAUAGCAUCUCUCAGUAACGUGGAACAUACCAGUGUGCUGUUGGCUGUUUCUGCCCGGGAUGGAGGUGGCCUUGGUUCCACUGUUAAUGCAGUUGUGACUGUGAAGAUCCUGCAGACGGCUGUGGCUCCUGCUGUUUUUGAGAGAUCACGUUACACUUUUUCCAUCCCCGAAGAUGCCCCUGAAGGAAGUGCCGUCGGAACGGUGAAAGCAAGGGAGCCCUUGAAUUUAUUGGAAACGGUUUCCUACAGAAUUUCCUCUGGUGAUCCCUACGGAAGGUUUUCUAUUGACCCGCAGUAUGGAAUCAUCCGCACUAAGAAGCAGCUCGACCAUGAAGCCCAUUAUCACACCCUUCUCACAGUCCAGUCACAGUUGGGAAGCUCCCCCGUCUACAGCAGUGCCCAGGUCAACAUAACCGUGAUUGACGUCAAUGACAACCCUCCAGUGUUUGUGUCGGAAUCUGACCAGAUUAAUAUAUCGCGAAGCACGGUGCCUGGCGCAGCUCUUUACAUCGCUCAUGCGGAGGACAAAGACAGUGGGCUAAAUGGUGCAGUCCGGUACGCCAUUGUAAGCAAUCGAUCAAGUAUUUUUACCAUUGAUCCCGUUCUCGGGGUACUGUACCUUGCCAGAACUUUGGAUAGUGAUAAACAGCAUGAACACACGGUGGUGCACAUUGCAGCAGAAGAUCAUGGAAGUCCUCCCUUGAGUUCUCUGUUGAUCCUACGUGUGGUAAUCGAUGAGCAUAAGGGAUGCCCCACAUUGACUUUUGAAAAUUUGGUUUAUCAGGUGGAAGUCAGUGAAGCAGCACCCAUAGGUGUCAGAAUUCUGCAAAUCCAAGCCCGGAAGUUAGAUCCCCAGCGUACCCCUGGGAAUGUUGUGUACUCCUUGGAGCAUAACAUGGAUUCUGCUUCAUUUAGAAUUGAUCCAGAAGCAGGUGUGAUCUACCUACGGAAUCCUUUAGAUUAUGAACUUACACAAAUGCAUAGUUUUAGAGCCUUUGUUACUAGCAGAGCAGAUAAGUCAGGGCAGAAUGCAAGUACAUCAGUGAUAGUUAACGUAAUGGAUGAAAAUGACAAUUCUCCGGUGUUUUUGCGUGAUGCCUAUUUUUUUGACGUGGAGGAGAGUUCGUUAGCCCAAGGUGUGGUUGGCACAAUAGCCGCAGUUGACAAGGACUCUGGAAGAAAUGCGCAGCUCUCCUAUUUCCUCUUAUCAGAUGGAAAAUAUUUCAAAAUCAAUUCCAAUACAGGUGAAAUUAUAAACUGGGUUGCAUUAGACUAUGAACAGCAGACUCACCACUACCUGAUUGCUCUGGUGACUGACCACGGGGUCCCGCAACAUAAUGCCACAAUAACAGUCUAUAUCUCUGUUACCGAUCUCAAUGACAACCACCCAUGCUUCCCGCAGCUUCUGUCUGGAGCAGAGCUACAUGUCAAGGUUUUGGAAGGGCAACCAGCAGGAACCCUGGUUGCCACUAUGUUUGCCAAGGACCUUGAUUCUGGGAACAGUGGGAUCGUGUUAUAUUCAUUGUCCUCAGGGGAAAGUUUAGGCCAUUUUCAGAUUGACAGCAGCAGUGGAGAGUUAAGGACCACUGAAGCUCUUUUGUACAAUUGGCGUUCAAGCUACCAAAUGGCAAUCACUGCAGCUGAUCAGGGAGUCCCUCCUCUUCAAGGACAAGUAGUCAUCACUGUGGAGGUAAUCCCACUUCCCCAAGGGAGAUCUGUUCCCUCCCCAAACAUCAGACAUUUUGUCCUACCAGAAAAUUUUAGGCCUGCGCAAAUGCUGGGCUCUCUAAAAUUACCUCAUCAGCACCCAUAUUCCAACAGAAAACAGCAUUUUAGCAUAUUUGAAGAAGAUUCUGAUGCUCCAUUUGAAAUCAGCAGUGCUACUGGGGAUCUGUUUCUUUCCAAGGAACUUGAUUAUGAAACAGCAUCUCACUACUUCCUUAGAGUUGUUGUGAACGAAUACCUGAAUAGUUCUCCACAGAAUAAUACUUUUUUCCUUAGUAUUGAUGUCAAAGAUGAAAAUGACCACUCACCAUCUUUCCAGGAUGACUUCGUUGUAAUUGGGAUAGAGGAGAAUGUGCCCGUUGGCACCUUGGUGUACACGUUUAAUGCAAAAGAUGGAGAUGGAAGUUUUUUAAACAGCAACCUUCAGUAUUCUAUACACGGGAAUGGCUUUGCUGAAAAUCCCUUUCUCAUUCACCCCUCUUACGGUAGCUUAAUCACAGCAGUUCCCCUUGACCGAGAGAUGACUCCAUUUGUUGUCCUGACAGUAUCAGCAACAGAUCAGGCUGCAAACUUGACUGAUCGCAGGCAGAGUUCAUUGACAGCAAAAGUCAUCAUUUUAGAUGUCAACGAUAACCACCCUAGCUUCGUUUCAUCUCCUCUUUCCUACGUUAGAGAAGACGCAGAGGUAGGCUCAUUAGUGCAUCACAUACUUGCACGGGAUCUAGACCAAGGAAGGAAUGGACAAGUCACAUACCAUCUUCUCUCGAAUAAUGAAGACCAUCCAUUUGUAAUAGAUAAAACUGCAGGACUGCUAACUACCGCCUUUGCUUUGGAUCAUGAACACCAAGAAUAUUACAACCUGACCGUUGUGGCCCUUGAUAAUGGUACCCCAGCUCUGUCUGCAACUCAGAGUCUGACAAUAAUUGUUGUCGAUGUGAAUGAUGAAGUUCCAGUGUUUACCAGAUCUCUAUAUGAAUCUUUCAUCUGUGAAAAUGAAGAUCCAGGAGCAGUUGUCAUUAAAGUUGAAGCCAUAGAUAAAGAUUCAGGAAUCAAUUCUCUACUCCAGUAUGAAAUUUUACCAGGUCCUGGAUAUGAAACUUUUCAAAUAAACCCAGAUACUGGAGAGAUUACAACAGUCACCUCGCUUGACAGGGAGGCUCAAGAUAAAUUCACUAUUAAAGUGCUGGUUCAAGACAGUGGAACUCCCAUUUUAUCCAGUACAGCGACAAUAAUCUUCAGAGUACUGGAUGAAAAUGACCACGCUCCCAAGUUCAUCCUUCCAGUUUCUGAGAUCCAAAUUAUGGAGAACCAAGAGCCUUCAACAGUAUCAACUGUGUUGGCUGUAGACAAGGACGCUGGUGGUAAUGGGACUGUGCAAUAUCACAUCAUUGGUGGAAAUGUUAGAGAAUACUUUGCAUUACACAAAACGUCAGGAGACCUCUUCACCACUUGUAGCUUAGACAGAGAAACUGACAGCAACUUUACCCUGGUUAUUGAGUGUUUCGACUUGGGCAGUCCACCAAAAAGCUCGGUGACCCAGCUGCAUAUCAAAGUCCUGGAUGAAAAUGACAACAGUCCCUUGUUUGCAAGAAACCAGUAUCAAGUGUCAGUGAGAGAAGAUAUUGGAGAACGGUCAGCAGUUCUUGAACUUUUUGCAGCAGAUGCAGAUGAGGGUCCAAAUGGUGAGGUCACAUACUCUCUCACAGAGGACAUCCUUGGAGCCUUCACCAUUGACAGGAUUACUGGUGUGAUAUUUACUACCAAACUGCUGGACCGGGAAUUAAAAUCUCAGUAUGUAUUUAAGGCUUUGGCAACAGACUCUGGCAUCCUCGGACCAAGAAGCACGAGUGUUACUGUAAUUGUGCAUAUUGAGGAUCUCAAUGACAAUAGUCCCUUUUUCCUACAGAAUCCUGUCAUUGUUCAUGUAUCUUCUCACACACCUAUAAAUCAGACAUUGGCUACUGUGAGAGCCAGCGAUGUUGACCUAGGACUAAAUGGAGUUGUGAAUUUUAGGUUCCUGAAACCACAAACCAUGUUUCAGAUGGGCCCAAGCACGGGAGAAAUUUUUCUUCGAGAACCUGUACCUCAUGAAGGCCUCGUUUCACACCUCCUGAUAGUGGCUUCUGAUCAAGGAGUCCCAGCUAGAACAGCGACUGCACUUUUGGCCGUCUAUUCGGAAGCACAGGCAGAGAUUAUUUCAUUCAGCCGUACUGAAUAUGAAGCAGCAGUUCCUGAAAAUAGUGAAAUAGGCACCUCUGUUUUCACUGUGGCUGCAUAUGACCGUAGUCUGAUGGGAAAGAAUUUAAAACACACAAUCAUCGGUGAACAUGGAGAUAUUUUCUACAUCCAUCCCAUCAUGGGUGACAUCACAGUAAAACGAGCUGAAUUUCUUGACUAUGAAGUGAGGAAAAAAGUACAUUUUGCAGUCUUAGCUGGAAAUGGCUUAACUUCAGCGGUGUGUGGGGUGACAGUAUUUAUACAGGAUGUGAAUGAUAAUGCACCUCAAUUUGAGCAAAACUAUUUCAAAACAUCAGUGUGGGAAGGUCAAGUCUACAACACAUACAUCAUGCAGAUCUACGCGACAGACGAUGACGCUGGACUUAACGGAGAAAUUGAAUAUUCCAUUUUAUCUGGCAACACAAAUGAAGCAUUUCUUAUUGAUUCAGCACAAGGAAUUAUAUCAACAAAUGCAAUCCUAGACCGUGAAGACAUUCCAUCAUAUAGGUUAGUUGUGCAAGCUGCUGACAGAGGAACCCCCAGGCUAUCUGCUACAAGCACAAUAGAGAUACAAGUUGUGGAUAUCAAUGACAAUGCUCCAACUCUCCAGCCGUUUGGCAUCGUUGAACUCCCUGAAAAUGCUCCACUUGGCUCCCUGGUGAUGCAAGUAUUGGCAGAUGAUGCGGACCUAGGACCACCCCUUCACUACAGUUUUGCUGAGAAUGGAAAUCCUGGAAUGAAAUUUGCAAUUGACCAAUGCCAUGGAACAAUCACAUUGGUGAAAGCAUUAGAUUUUGAAGAAAUCACUCAGCUUGAACUGUUGGUCAGAGUUUCCGAUUCUGUGCACGCAACUACAGAACAACUUCUGAUAUUUAUAUCUGAUAUUAAUGACAACCCACCAGUAUUUACUCAGGAUGCAUAUCAGGUGAUGAUACCCGAACGUAGGCCUGUAGCUACUGCUCUUUUGACUGUCUAUGCCACAGACAGAGAUUCAGAGUACAAUGGAAAGCUAACCUACAGAAUUCUUCCCCCCUCUGAUGAAUUUUCUGUUGAUCCACAAAAUGGCUCACUAUAUCUGGUUAAGACAGUGACAUACCAGGAAAAGAAUCCAGUUAUUCGACUCCAUGUAGAAGCCAGUGACAGUGGGAAUCCUGCUUUGACUGCUGUUGCUUCAGUGCUCAUACAGAUCCAGGAUGUGAAUAAUUACAUCCCUCAAUUUACUGUGCCAUCGUAUAAUCUCAGUAUCAGUGAAAAUGUCUCUGUUGGAGAGAUGCUGCUAACAUUCUCAGCUAUUGACAAUGACAGGACACAUGACAGCACCUAUGUUGAAUAUGCCAUUAUUGGUGGUAAUGGUGGUAAUAAGUUCCAGGUGGAAAAAUGCAUCGUUGGGCCAGAAUCUCCAAGUAAACUGACUGGAAAUCUUGUGUUGAGGAGCAUUCUAGAUCGCGAGAGCAGUUCAUCUUACCAGUUGUUAAUUCUUGUAUCUGACCGUGGGACUCCUCCUUUAAACGCCACAGCUACAGUGUCAAUCAAUGUUUUGGAUAUUAAUGAUAACCCACCUAUAUUUACCAGUUUGGAGUAUAAAGUUCAUGUCAGGGAAAAUUUUCCUGUAGGCAGUCAUGUUACUGCUGUCUCAGCUAGUGAUUGCGAUGCUGGACCUAAUGGAGACGUCACGUACAGUAUCACCUCUGGAAAUGACAAGGGGCACUUCCGUUUAGAUGGGAAAACCGGCUCCCUUGACCUGGUCAGAGCUUUGGAUUAUGAAGAAACAAUGAAUUUCAGUCUGACCAUUCAAGCUUCUGAUGGAGGAGUUGGCAUAAAAAAUGUGGCCUUCGCUGUAGUUUUUAUCAGCAUCCUUGAUGCUAACGAUUACGUCCCGGUAUUUGUAUUUCCCACCCAGGACUGCAGAAUCCAUGAAAAUCUGCCUGCUUUUUCUUUCGUCUGCAGAAUUUCUGCACUGGAUUUUGAUACCGGCCCCUACGGUCACCUUUCGUAUUCCAUCCAGUCAUCAUGUUUGUCUGGUCAUGGAACUCCUGGAGAUCAUGACAUGUUUUUCAUAGAUCCUCUGGCAGGAGAGAUCCGCACCAAGCAGGUGCUUGAUUUUGAAGACCAGGACAAGUAUUGCUUCAUAGCUCAGGCCAAAGACAGAAGCGACUCAACAGCCACUAUCACCGUUCAAGUGGAGGUCGAGGGGGCAGAUGAAUUUGACCCUGUCUUUAACCAAGACCAAUAUUUUUUUGAUUUCCCUGAAAGGAAUGAAGCAGGGCAGUUGAUUGGCAAAGUCACAGCAUCAGAUUAUGAUGGAGGGUUGGAUGGUGUUGUUCACUACACUUUGCUAAAACAGUCGCCCUUCUUUUCUGUGAACCACAGCAGUGGGGCCCUCUACUUGACCAGACCUUUCCACAGGAAGAGAAUUGGCAUGAAGAGAGCAGGCGAUACUCUUGAACUGCUUGUAAAAGCUCAUAGCCCAAAGCUGGACUCGAAGUCUAGCACGUGCACAAUUCUGGUGAACGUCUCUAAAGCUCCAGAGACUUAUUCCAUGUUGCCGGUGGAAACAGUGUCCAUUAGCAUCGCCGCUUCUACUGUAGCAUUCCUGUUUCUGGCCAUCAGUCUUGCUGUGCUUAUUGUUAGAUUCAGGCGAAAAGACACUGCAAACUCCAGCAUGAAGAAAGAGAUGCCAUGUCCCUCAUCUGCUGAUUUGAAAUUAGACCAUGAGAAUAGUGCUCCCAAAGACGUCCGGAAAUCCCAAAUCCAUGCAACCGGUAACCUUCCAGUAGGCACCAUAGCGGAGUGGCUAAGUUUGGUAGGCAUCAGAGAGAGAAGGGACAUGGGCAACCAUUGUAGACAUUCAGACUCCAGCGGACAUGGCUCUGCAGAAGGAGAAACUGCAGAAGAUGAGGAAAUAAAGAGGAUCAAUGAGCAUCCCUGCAGGAAGGGUUCUGGGUCAGCUUUAAGUGACCGAGGCUCACGUAUACCCGACUCAGGAAUUCCUAGAGACUCUGACCAGCUUUCGUGUCAGUCUGAGGAGACUGAUGUCAUGGCCAUUUCUCAAAGCAUAGAAGCUGCCCACCCUUUCCAAGACGGAAGUGGAGGAGAGGGAAGAGAAUGUGAUGCAAAGUAUGCUUGCAAUCAAAUGCUGUCCAAAACACUUCACAACCUGGGGAUGAAGGAAAAAGACAUCAUGACAGACAUCACAAGAGAAUAUAUCUUCAUACCUGACGAUCAGAACUCCCAUUAUGGAUCUCUUGCUACCCUAGUUGACUCUGAUGAGGAUCUCAGAGGCAGCUAUAACUGGGAUUACUUGCUUAAUUGGGAACCCAGAUUUAAGCCUCUCGCAUCCGUGUUCAGUGAUAUUGCCGAACUGGAGGAUGAAAGCUUAAAAAUGCAUAGCUUUCCUAAGGAGAAGAAAUCUUUCAUCUUUCCUCCUCCUCUAAUUACUUCUGUAGCUCAGCCUGGUUUAAAGACAGUCCCCCCGCGAAUUCCAAAUCUGUUGCCUGGUCAGGCAUUUAAGAAAUACCCCCGCUCACCCCUCAUCCAUCACCUGAGGUAUCCUCCAUCUGCUAUGACUCCCAGUUUUUCACCUUCUCUGUCUCUGCUUACCACGCAGACCCCGACAGCAUCUCCAGUGGCCUCCCAUCCUAACCUGAAGGGGAUAUGCCCUGGUGGGGCAAAGUGUGAACUUUCAGCAGAUGAAGAAGUUCAAGUAUAGAUUAUUUAUCAUUGACUUAAAGUGUUACAUGAACGUUUGGCUAAAUGUUUUUGCCAUAUUCCUUAACGAGCAUUGCAUGUCAUGUCUAUAUCUGUAAGAGGGAGAAAAAAUAUUUUUUACAAGUUAAACAUUUUACCUGCCUAAUUAAUUCACUGCAGGAUGUACUCCAGAUCUGUUAGGGACUUCCUUGAUCAUUCAUUAUGAACUUACCUACAUUAGCUGUUUGUGUUCUGUAUGUUCUAGACAUCUAGGGGGAAAUCACUGGUGGAACAGAACUUUCACACAAUGCUUACUCUUAAACUCAGGUGAAUAGUUGAGGAUGUGUAGAACUUGCUGGAUGUCCAUGCAGCAUACAGAGUUGCUAUUUUAGCUGGUCUAACAUGUGCUCUGGUGCUGCUAGUAAGGCACAACAGGCAUUGCCAUUUUUGUCCCUUCCCCCAAACUACUCUUGAUACCUGAGCCAAGCACACUUCAGCUGCAGUAAAGAAAAGAAAAAAGUUGGUGCUACGUAAUAUUCAGUGCAUGUAGAAGUAUAUUUACAGACACGCACACAUUUCGGAGUGUGCAUAUUUGUUGUAUCAAAUCAGCAUAUAGUUACCAAUAUUUUUACAGCUUUCUUUUGCUUCAGUAUAUAAGUAAAUGUUUUUGCACCUUCGUUUACAUUACCUCAAAUGAAACCAGGAUAAGUUAGAAUUGGCCUUUUGUGAAUACGAAAAGGCCCUACAAAGGUUUGGUUCCCCGCCCCCAGUCUCAUCUAAAACAAGCAAUGGAUAAAAUGCUUGCUAGACUGACCCUCUGGGCUCACAUUUAAUGAUUGCUUAUUCUGAAUGACUGUGCUCAAGGUUCAAAAUAUCUUGAUCCUCUUUACUUCUGUGUAGAAGUGACACCACUAAAAGCUGGAGGAAUAAAAAAGCGGAAUUAACAUUGUUUCCAGAUAACACUGGAAGUAAAUGGUAGAAUCACAGAGAUUCGGAAUGGCAAAACAAAUCAAAGAUACAUUCCUAGUGGAUGUAGAAUGUCUACUGCAUCUGGUAUUUUUGCCUUUGAUUUCAGUGAAUCUCCAAUGCAGUUUACACUGAGAUUGUCUGAAAGAAGUAUUCGGUGUCGCUGGAGUGCCUUCUUUCAGGCCCCUGAUCCGUGCAAUUCUACAUUCCCUUGGACCUCUUUGAAAAGUGACAGAGUGACAUUUAUCUGAUAUCUGAGUGCAGCCAGGAUUUUCUGGCUUUUAGGGAUACACUGGCUUGUACUCAUGGUUCUUUGCUUUCCAUACCCACAGUGGGAUCUCUCUACUUGUGUGGUUUAUUGGAUUAUAGCCAGGACCUUUUGCUCUAACUUCUGACUUGCUAUAGGAAGCCUGAAAACUUAUCAAGAUCUGCCACACUAGUUCCCUCACAUAGCAGAGUUGUUUUCCCAUGAUAUGAAAGCAUACCAAACAAAAGAAAGGAAAUGGGCAAUGUUAAUUUAUGAAUUCUGUAUUUGCAAAAUACAUACAUGUAUAUAACAAAGUAUAACCAAAAAUGUAAAGUCACGGCAGUGACUUGUAUAAUUGCAUAACUAAAUAAUGUAACAGUAUUUUAAAUAUAAUUUUUAUAUUUUU